AAACACAGCCAUUCUGCUAACAUCGUUCAGCUGAGCAGUGAGACGUUUGUUGCCUGCCAAGAUGUCAGCCAUGGCUGUGACCUCACCAUCAGUCUCUGGUUCUUUGGAUCUGGCAUCAAAUUCCACAACUUGCCAGGACUGGGAGAAGGUCCACCACUUGCUCUUUCAUCUGGGCAACCUGAGUUUAGUGGUGGGCCUGCUUAUUCCCACCACCUUGGGUCUGCACAUGAUCCUGCUCAGGCUUCUGCUGAUGGCAGGAUGCUGUUUGUUUAUAAUAUGGACUGCACUGUUCAGAUGCACCCUGGAUGUGAUGGUGUGGAAUGCAGUUUUCCUCAUAAUGAACUUCAUGCAUUUCUUCUACCUGCUGUAUAAACGAAGGCCUAUUAAAAUUGACAGGGAGCUCAGUUCAGUGUACAAGCGGAUGUUUGAGCCCCUGCAUGUGCGGCAAGCUCUGUUCCAGAGGCUCACCGGUCAGUUUUGCACCAUCCAAACCCUUAAGAAAGGCCAAGUGUAUGCUGCCGAGGAUAAGACGUCAGUCGACGAGCGCCUCAGCAUCCUCCUCAAGGGGAAAAUGAAGGUGUCCUACCGUGGCCAUUUUCUUCACAACAUUUACACCAAUGCCUUCAUUGAUUCCCCGGAGUUCAGAUCAACAAAGAUGAACCGAGGAGAAAAGUUCCAGGUGACCAUCACAGCUGAGGAAAACUGCAAGUACCUGUGUUGGUCUAGAGAGAGGCUGACGUACUUCCUGGAGUCAGAUUCCUUUCUGAAUGAGGUGUUCAGGUAUCUUAUUGGCAAGGACAUCACCAACAAGCUGUACUCGCUUAAUGACCCCACUCUUAGUGACAAGGCAUUGAAGAAGAUGGAGAGGCAGCCGAGCCUGUGCUCCCAGCUCUCCAUGAUGCAGAUGAGAAACAGCAUGGCCAGCACCAGUGACACAGAUGAUGUUCUUAAUCAGAUUCUGAGAGGGGGAUCAGCUGGUUCAUCAGUCCAUAAAAAUCCACCCUGCAAGACCUCCACGACUAUGAAACCAAUAGAAGAAACUUUGGAAGACGACGUUUUUUAUGUUGACUCCGCUAAUGAAGUUCAGACCAGCCCAGAAGAGGAGUAAGAUAACAUUGUUGGUGAUGGCUCAUGUGAUAUUUGGUGGACCACUAUGUACAGAUUGUAAACAUUGCCCUGGAUCUAGUUCUAGGUUGGACAUUUAUGGCUAAUUUACACUACAGCUACAGUAAAACUACUGUAAUAAACAGACUAUUCUGCUUCUCCCAGCAUGAAUUUAGGUCAUGAAAUUGGAAUUGCAUCUCAUUAUGCCCUGUUUGCUCUGGAAUUAAUUUAGAAGUUUUGUUUUGUUUUAUUAAGGACAAGUAGCAUGUUUUUUCUGAGAUUUUAAUUACAGUGAUAUUACUUUUGAGAGGAAUGUAACUCAAAUUAGUUGGCUACUUUAGCUUUUAAAGCUUUUGCUUUUCCUCUCUAUUUGGUCUUUAUGUUUUAAUCACUUAUGGUUGAUAACACUGUUUAGUAAAUAUACUAACUGA